AUGGGAUUUGGUGGAAAAGCAUUGGAAUGGCUUGUAGAUGCUCUAAAAACUAGACCUGAAGGUUCUCCGGAUUUCAUCUUCAUCGAUUGUCCUGCAGGAAUCGAUGCUGGAUUCAUUACUGCCAUUACUCCGGCAAACGAAGCUGUCUUGGUUACAACACCGGACAUAACAACGCUUUGA